AUGGCGCCAGUCCAUACAUUGAAGUCGGAGAGCGUUGCGGCUAUCAAGAAAACCAUUGAUGCCGCGACCGCCGACACCAAAUCACAAAUCCCAGGCGCAGUUUUUGUAGCGGUCAAUGCCCGUGGCGAAGAGCUCGUAUCCCAUGCCUCUGGGUUUAGAGGAGUUGAUUCGCCUCAGAAGGUGGAUUUGGACAGCGUAUUUUGGAUUGCGAGUUGUACUAAGAUGAUUGUUGGAAUUGCUGCUAUGCAACUCAUUGAGCAGGGAAAAUUCUCCUUGGAUGAUGCGGACGUGGUUGAGAAGCUCGCCCCAGAGCUGAAGGACAUCAAAAUUCUCAAGGGAUUCGAGGAGAAGACCGGAGAACCAAUCCUCGUGGAAAAGAAGAAUAGGAUCACUCUGCGGAAACUACUUACUCACACUGCUGGCUUUGGCUAUACCUUCUUCAACAAGGAGAUCAGGCGAUACGGUUUCCCAGCCGGAAUUGACGAGUUUUCCGGAAAGCCCGAGGAUAUGACAGCACCACUUCUGUUCGAGCCUGGAGAGAAGUUCAACUACGGCACCAACAUUGACUGGGUCGGCCUCCUCAUCGAGCGUGCCACAGGCGUAUCUUUGAGCAACUAUUGCCAAAAGAACAUUUUCGCUCCCCUCGGCUUACAAAAUACCUCUUUCUUCCCAUCAAAGUACAUGAAAUCCAAGCUUGUCCACAUGAGCCAGCGCUAUCCAGACGGCCAUCUUGCAGGCCGGGAGCAUCCCCAACGAGCGCCGCUCUCGCCAUCAGCUGAAGACCCAGAAGGUCAAAAGCACAUCUUCAACUCCGGCGGCGCAGGCUGCUUCGCCCAGCCACGUGAAUAUGCCCAAAUUAUCGCCACCCUAUUAAAUAACGGAACUUCUCCACGUACGAAUCAGCAGAUCCUCAAGCCUGAGACGGUUGAUGAGAUGUUCAGCAAUUCGAUCCCUGAGCUGCCAAAUUUUGGUCGAGAGACGAUUCAUGCUGCGAACCCAGAACUGACCAACGAGCUCCCCCAACUGUAUCCCCAGCCACCGGAGCAAGAGCAGGGUUGGGGCCUUACUUUCAUGUUGACCAUCCAUGAGGGAGCCACCGGAAGAGGAAGAAACACUGGAUGGUGGGCUGGUUUGCCUAACCUCUUUUGGUGGUGCGAUCGCGAGAGGGGUGUUGGCGGCAUUAUUGCUAGUCAGAUUCUGCCUUUUGGCGAUCCUCAGGUCCUCGGUCUUUGGGGGCAACUUGAGGCGGCUGUCUACCAGGGCUAA